AUGGGACCGAGCGCGGGGGUGCGGCCUGCGGGAGGCGGUGGCCAGCGCACGAGGUCCCGCCCAAGCCCGGCCCCUGGAGCGCUUUUCCAUCCGUUACCAUCAGCUCCGGGCUGGCUUCCCGCGACCCGAGGUCUCCGCGAGCUCGCCAGCGCGGCGGGCCGCAUCGAAGUUCCGGGGCAUUUUUCAGGCUUUUCCCGGAGAAGGUCGAGUUUGGCCGCCGCUCUCGCCCGCGGGCCUGGUGGGCUGUGGCGAGUAGACGAGGCCCUGGGAAGGUCUUCUCACAAGACUUUUAGGAUCAAGCGAUUCCUAGCCAAGAAACAAAAGCAGAAUCGUCCCAUUCCCCAAUGGAUUCGAAUGAAAACUGGUAAUAAAAUAAGGUACAACUCCAAGCGGAGACAUUGGAGAAGAACCAAGCUGGGUCUAUAAGGAAUCACAGAUGAGAUGACACACAUAUUUAUGCUGUAUCAAAGUCCUUCUUACAUCUUACCAUACCACUCUGAAAACGUGACUGUCUGGACAGUUGGAUGUGUUUUAUUCAGGAAUUGAUUUUUCUCUUUGUUGCUAUGCUUAUGAACUAGUAGGUUGGUUCAGUAAUAAAUAUGUGAGACGUUUUGUUUGAA